UCCUCUUCCUCGUCCCAUUACCCUGUUAGCUCCAGUAGACCUAACACCAACACUGGCCCCGCCGUCUUUUGCUUCCCUACGACUAUCUAUCCCAACUUACUACUCUGUGCCGAUUCAGGCCUAUACGACACUGCUGUCACAAAAGGUAAUUUCAAGAGCCCGCUUCUCCUUCCUGAUUCCAUUGCUUUGAUCUUCUUGUUGCUAGGCUGGCUUACGGCAUGCCGCCUUUUCGGCAUCGAGGGCCGUACGUACGUACCCAGUUGUACAUUCGCCGCUUGUUUAGCCUUACGUAGUUGA